ACUGACUGUCUCGGUUCAACCAGCCACGGUUCUGGUGGGACAAUGGAUGCAGACACCUCUUUUGGAUGUGCCUCUACAGGCCCCGAUCCACUCUGGAGGUACCUUACAGAGCACGAUCCAAAGCAUGAAGGGAAGAAGAAACUCAAGAUCUCAGGCAGAGAGCUGGUGUCGGUUCCCGCACAGGUCUUCAGCUUGGGCCAGCUGCAGGUCCUGGAGAUGAGCCCAGAACGAGAGAGCUGCCUGAGGUACCGGAUGGAGCUGCUCCCCCGAGAGAUCAGCCACCUCAGGAACCUAACCUGCCUCUACGUAGACUCCAACAACUUGAAGAAAAUCCCUGCCGAAAUUGGCACUUUGAGUCACUUGGAGAGGCUCACUCUGAGCAGCAACAGCCUGAGCUCGCUGCCCCCAGAAAUGGGUGCACUUCAAAGGCUGCACAGCCUCCACCUGGCCAACAACAGCCUCACCGAACUGCCUGCACCCCUCUGCCAGCUCAGGAGCCUCACCUUUCUGGAUGUGAGCGACAACAAAAUAGGCACAAUCCCCUCCAGCAUUCGGCAGCUGGAGAAACUGGAAACUUUGCUAUUGCUCUUCAACUCGCUGGAGAGUCUGCCCGAGGAUAUCUGUCUUCUAAGGAAUCUGCACACGCUUUGGCUAGGAAACAACCAUCUACGGUCCCUUCCAGCAAGUUUUGGGGAGCUGGUGAACCUGGACUGGGGAUACAAUUACUGUUCAUGCAACUUUGAGGGUAAUCCACUGGAAAGUCCUCCCCCUGAAGUCUGCAGCAGAGGACCUGAAGAGAUCAGAGAUUAUUUCUUGUCAUUUCAUAGGGCACAGAGAGACUAGACAACUGAUGUCAGUCCUCCUGAAGUGACUGAGACGGAUUUAUUAUGUGCAAAUCAAGUGCAGAACAAAAUGUGUUUCAGAUGGAAAAGUUUGGUGAAAUCUCUCUGUGGAGCUCAAAAGCUUCCUCUCUGCUGUAAGGUGA